AUGUAUGCAUUGUCUACUAGUGCUGAGAGUGCAUGUCACCUGUGUGUGCCGCCUGACCCCGGUAUCCAGUCAACUGCUCUAGGUACUGGUGAGGCUGCCGCUCUAGGUGCUAGAGUGUCUGCUGACCCAGGUGUUGGUGAGGCUGCUGCUCUAGGUACUCGUGAGUCUGCCCCCCCUGGUACUGAGUCUACUGAGGCACUGCACACCUUCACACUGGACUCAGGUGCUUCUCGCUGUUUCUUUCGUGACCGCACUGCCCUUGAGCAGCCUGCUCGGCCAGUUGUUGUUUCCCUUGCUGACCCCUCUAGGGGUUCGGUCAUUGCGACCUCCUCCACUCUCCUUCCUUGUCCUGCGGUUCCGUCGGGCACACUGUCAGGUCUCCACCUCCCCUCGUUCUCUACAAACUUGGUGGCGGGUUGUGCGCUCCAGGACGGGGGUGUCCACCAGUUCACCCCUGCCUACAAGCGCGUGACACACUGCACGUGUGCUCGGACGGGCCGUCACCUGGCUACCUUCACUCGGCAGCCGGGGUCGGACCUGUACACACUGACCACUGAGUCCCCUCAGGUAGCUGAGUCUGCGUCUGCUUCAGGUCAGCUGUCUGCCCCCUGCUCGUGUCGCUCUCUAGCACACGAGACCAUCCUCUGGCACCACCGCCUUGGUCACCCGUCAGUGCAGCGCCUUCGUGCCAUGCACAAACGGUACCUUGUCUCUGGUCUUCCCCGGGUACUUCCUCCCCUCCCACCCUCGCCUGCUCCUCCCUGUCUUCCUUGUGUCGAGGGGCGGCAGCACGCCGCUCCUCACUCCUCCUCGUUUCCCCCCACGACUGCUCCCUUGCAGAUGCUCCACAUGGACGUGUGGGGCCCAGCCCGCGUCCCUGAACACGGUCAGGAGAGGUACUUCCUGAUCGUUGUUGACGACUACUCGCGCUACACCACGGUCUUCCCCUUGCGCACCAAGGGUGAGGUCCCUGAUGUUUUGAUCCCUUGGAUCCGCGCUUCUCGUCUCCAGCUCAGCGAGCGGUUCCACUCAGACUUUCCUGUCUUGCGUCUGCUCUCUGACAGAGGUGGUGAGUUCUCCUUCGACCUCUUGGCAGCCUACUGUGCGGAGCACAGCAUCCACCAGUCGUUCACGCUUCCGGCCUCUCCACAGCAGAAUGGGGUUGCUGAGCGCCGCAUUGGCUUGGUCAUGGAGGUCGCUCGUACCUCCUUGAUCCAUGCGGCUGCCCCCCACUUUCUGUGGCCGUUUGCGGUCCGGUACGCUGCGCAUCAGCUCAACCUCUGGCCCCGUGUCUCCCCUCCGGAGACCUCGCCCACACUGCUAUGGACGGGGGAGGUUGGCGAUGCGUCGCGUUUCCGGGUCUGGGGAUCUCAAGCUUUUGUCCGCGAUACGUCCGCGGACAAGCUCUCCUUCCGCGCUGUUCCUUGUGUCUUCCUUGGCUUUGUCCCGGACGCGUCUGGUUGGCACUUUUACCACGCCACCUCGCGCCGUGUCAUGCCCUUUCAGGACGUCACUUUUGACGAGUCGGUGCCCUACUACCGCCUCUUCCCCUACCGCACUGCCCCGCUCCCCCCCCCGCCUCUCUUCCUCGCGCCGGUAGUUGUCGACUCUCGUCCUCCUAGGGGUGCUGAGCCUGAGCGUGCGGAGCCUAGGGGUGCGGAGCCUGGGGGUGCGGAGCCUGGGGUUGCGGAGUCUGGGGGUGCUGAGUCUGGGGGUGCGGAGUCUGCGGGUGCUGAGUCUGGGGGUGCUGAGUUUGCGGGUGCUGAGUCUGGGGGUGCUGAGAGUGCUGCUGGAGCUGGUGCUAGUGCUUCCCCUCCUAGGCGGGAGCUGCCCUCUCCCCAGCGGCUCCGAGAGUGGUACGCUCGGCGCUGCAGUCUCCGGAGUGGCGCUCCUAGUGUCGCGGACCCUGGUGCUGGAGGUGCUGCUGCUGCUGGCGGUGCUGCUGGCGCUACUGGAGGUGCUGCUGGAGCUGCUGGAGCUGCUGGAGGUGCUGCUGCUAGUGGUGGUGCUGCUGGUGCUGCUGGAGCUGCUGGAGGUGCUGUCGGUGCUGGUGCUGUUGGAGCUGCUGGAGGUGCUGCUACUACUGGAGGUGCUGCUAGUGCUAGUGACGCUGCUGGAGGUGCUGCUGGCGCUGGUGUUGCUGCUGGUGCUGCUAGAGCUGCUGGAGGUGUUGCUAGUGCUGGGGCUGCUGGAGCUGUUGGAGCUGCUGCUGGUGCUGAGGACCCGGGCGUUGGAGCUGCUGUUGGUGCUGCGGACCCGGGCGUUGGAGCUCCUGCUGGUGCUGCGGACCCUGGAGUUGGAGCUGCUGCUGGUGCUGGAGGUGCUGGCGCUGCUGGAGCUACUGGUGGUCCUGCGGGCGCUGUAGCUGGAGACCCUGGAGCUGAGCCUACUUGUGGUCUCUCUGCUGGUUGUGGCGGCGCUACGCGGCCACAGCCGCACUUCGUUCCACUCCUUCAGCAGGUUCUUGAGCGUUGUGAGCCUGAGUCUCGUCCUGCGUCGCCCGAGUCUCGUUGUGCGUCGCAUAUUCGUGCUGCUCACACUGGUCGUCGUGUCCCUCGUCAGCAUCCUCCUACUGUCCCAGGUACUCACCAGAUGGCGCUUCGUCCUUCCUCUGCUCCUCAGCGCGUCCCCAUGCCGUCUCCUCCUGCGUCCUCUAUACCUGCUCUUGCUGACCCGGAGUCUAACUCCCUUCGUGCUGCCAGUCCUACUGUCACGCGUCUCCUCGCCAUUGUUGUCACUGACCCUUUCUUUGAGUCCUCCGCUGCGUUUGCUCUAGUCCGUGAGUUAGUUGACUUUGCUGCCGCUUGUCGUCUCGACUACGCCGCUAGCCUUGUCGCUGAGUGUGAGUCUGAGUUUGUCUGUCCUCCGUCCGUCGGGGGUGAGUGUGCUCUUGGCACGGACGUCCUUGAGGAUAGGCAGGAGGAGUUUGAGUGCUUUGCCGCUGCUUUACCUCAUCUCGUGUCCAUGCUGGUUGCCCCUGAGGGAGACCCGGAUGCUCCAGACAUCCCGACCCCGCGCUCUUACGUUGAGGCGAUCGCGGGCACCUACGUCGACGAGGUUCCCCCACCUGGGGCGAACAUCGUCAGUGGCAUGUGGAUUUUCAGGGUGAAGCGGCCGCCGGGUUCUCCGCCUGUCUUCAAGGCGCGUUACGUUGCACGAGGCUUCGGCCAGCGAGAGGGAGUUGACUUCUUCCAAACCUUCUCCUCGACCCCGAAGAUGACCACUCUUCGGGUUCUGCUGCACGUCGCCGCUCAGCGUGACUACGAGCUCCACUCUCUUGACUUCAGCACUGCUUUCCUACAGGGCAGCCUGCACGAGGAGAUCUUGCUGCACCGCCCACCUGGCUUCACUGGGUCGUUCCCUCCUGGUACCCAGUGGAGCCUUCGGCGGCCAGUCAACGGUCUCCGCCUGGCGCCGCGUGAGUGGCACGACACACUGAGGACUACACUUGCGGCUCUUGGAUUCGCUCCUUCUACUGCUGACACGUCGCUGUUUCUACGCACCGACACUUCGCUGCCGCCCUUCUACAUCCUCGUGUACGUCGACGACUUGGUCUUUGCCACUGCGUCCACAGCACGGCGCACCAUCACCUUGACUCUGUCACACAUGGUGCAGCAGGUCCUUCAGCGCUUCCGCUUCACGUACUCCUCGCCUCAGGCCACUCCUCUGCCUACCGGUCACUCGCUCUCAGCUCUGCCUUCGGAUGAGUCCGUAGAGCCGAGUGGCCCGUAUCCAGAGCUUGUGGGCUGCCUCAUGUACCUGAUGACCUGCACUCGACCUGACCUUGCAUACCCUCUUAGCAUCCUUGCAUGCUAUGUCACUCCUGGCCGUCACCGGAAGGAGCACAUGGAUGCCGCUAAGAGGGUGUUGUGCUACUUGUGCAUUACGUCGGGCAUGGGGCUAGUGCUUGGAGGACGAGACCGAGUUGUACUCACUGGGCACUCAGACGCUUCUUGGGCUGACGACCAGGCUACUCAGCGGUCGUCUCAGGGUUACACCUUCAGCCUUGGCUCUGGUUCAGUUUCUUGGCAUUCUACACGCUCGUCUUCUGUUCUCAGCUUCAGUUGUGAGGCUGAGAUCUACGCCACAGCCAUGGCUGCACAGGAGUUACGCUGGCUCACCUACCUGCUGACCGACUUGGGAGAGCGGCCUCGUUCUCCUCUAGUGCUGUACGUCGACAACAAGGCUGCCAUUGCCUUGUGUGAGGAGCACAAACUGGAGCACAGAACGAAGCAUAUCGCUCUGCGCUACUUCCUUGCUCGAGAGCUGCAGCAGCGCGGUCAGCUUCGUCUGCGUUACGUGGCCACUCGGGCCAACACUGCUGAUGUGUUCACCAAGGCGCUUCAGCCUUGUGACCAUCAGUGCUUCUGUACUGUUCUAGGCCUUGUGCCUACUGGUCCUCACUUGCUUACUUUUUGA